AUGAAAGUCCAAAAUUUGAAUUCAAUUGCCUCUCAGUCACCACCUGUGUGUGACUUUCAUGAUGGUGAAUCUAAUUGUGAUAUUGCCGAAACGUUUCAUAUUUAUGAAUGUGACAGAGAUAUUUUGAACCAUCUAUAUUCUCUGCAAAGUGCAGAAAUUAUACACAAGCAUGUUUAUGAUGCCCACAAAUGCCCUGAGUAUAUGAUAAUAUUAUAUCGAAGUGGGUAUUUCACGGUUGAUAAAACCGUUCUAUCGAUGAAAAUAUGCAUAAAGCACCGUGAAGAGUUGGGGGCAAGAUGGAAAAGACCCAGGCGAACCUGUUCUUAUCCUAGUCAUCAGGGAAAGAUAAAACCAGACAGAGGUGCCAGUCCAACGUUGUGCAAAGAACUCUGGUUAAAGACAAGACAAAUAUUACCAGUAGGGUCAGCAAUAUGCAAGAGGUGCUCAAUGGAACAUAAGAAGAAUGUAUCUCCAUCUUACAAUUUAGAGUUUGUGGAAGAACUUGAGUGGUGUGAACAAAUUUGUACAACAAUUAGGGGCAAAUGCACACAGUCAAAAAUUCAAUGUGAAUGUCUACAGUCGCACUUGGUGGAUACCCAAAUUGUUGAAAAUGAAGAAGGAAUGGCAUUUGAGAUUCAAAAUAAAGACAGUGUACCAAGUUCACAAGAAACUUUCAUAGGGAGUUUAACUACAGACAUGGAGUUUGAGGUUUCCUGGUCCCACUCUGUGGGCACCCCAUAG